AUUGUACCAAACGGCAUCGCACCACGGUUGACUCACUGUGUAGCUCAUGAGGUAAUACUCUGGACUUGCCGUGACGCGGCGCGAGCAAUGUCAGCAGUGGGGCGUACCAACCGCCGCCUGUAACCUGUUCCGGUCUACUUUUUAAACAUUAAUUCUGAUUUCUUUUCCCUCGUAUAUCAUACAAUCAGGUUCUGGUUUUCCACCGCAAUCAUCAUUUGAAUCAGCGCUUCCGCGUAACUCUCAAAAUACUUCUACAUUAUCUCCAAACAUCGAAAUCUCCACAUCUCAUCUCCCUUUCUGCCAUUAUGAAAGUCCGACCAGCUAUCGCAAGCGACAUCCCUCACCUCGCGGCCAUCACGGUCCGCUCUCUCAAUGAAGAUGCCAUGGACGAAUACCUCUACCCCGGCCGCCACAAGCACCCCGUAGCGUACCAGGCAGCCUACGAAAAGCGAAACAAGAACCUAAUAGAGUGGCCCUCUGUGCGCAUCAUGGUUGCCAUGACCGAACCCUCCGACGACAAAUGGUCCGGCGCACCCGAAAUCUCAGGCUUCUGCAUCUGGAACCGGAACGGUGAGAGCAAGGAGGUGAAAGAGAAGUGGUGGCCUAAGCAGACGUUAAAACAGCGGAUGUCGCUCUGGAUGCGCGACACCUACAUCGCUCAGGCCGUCGAAGCCAUCCAAAACCCCUCCAUGAGCGUCGUCCGGUAUUUCACCUACGGCAGCAAAGAUGAGGAGUACUUUGACCCUAAAGACAAGGACCCAGACGAUUUCUGGGGCGUAAUUGAAAUUUUGGUGGAUCAGAGUUUUCAGCGGAGGGGAGUAGGACAGCUGCUUUUAAAGUGGGGCUUUGAGCAGGCGAGGGUGGAGCAGAUUCCAGUCUCGCUAGCUGCAACAAAGGCGGGAGAGGCGCUGUAUUUCAAGGUGGGGAUGAGGCAUGUGGGGAAAUGGAAAUGGGGACCGAAGCCGGAGAUGGAAUCGAAAUUGUUUAGGUGGGAUCCGCCGAAGGGGGAUGAGGCGACCAUCAACGCUCCGGCGACAGAAGCUCCUGCCACUGAUGUGUCAACGCUAGAUGCUCCAGCGACUUAGUUAAGGGCUGUAGGGAAAACGCAUGGUGCUGAGUUAAGAAUUGCAAAAAAUCGAGCAAUUUUGACCAAUCAUACAUUUUAGGUGGAAGAUAUUUUCUGAUUGGUCGAUCCGGAAUGCUUGGAAUAUUUUUGCCGACAUCUCUUGGCAAGAUGACGCCCUACGCUUGACAUGAAUCCUUCUCGAAACAUCUAUACAACCAC